AUGCGCAAGAGUUCUUUAAGAGUCUCUUUACGUUUAUGCGUACUCAUUUACACGCAACCACCGGGGCAGCCACUCCCCCUCUUCCUUCGACCGCUCCUCACAGCAGCGAGCAAACGGCCCUCUUUAACCACUCGCAAGUCUUUUAGCGAACAACCCAAGACACGCCAAGACAAGCGAGUCUUGAUUCAAGUACUUUCCGCCGCAUUCCUAGCUCGUCCCGACAGCUACGCCGCCCGCAAAGUUAUUGCCGACAAACUGGACGGCGUCGACAUAACCAUUAUCUUUCGUCUUAAGGCUACUCGCACGGCUUUAAGUUGUUCGGCUGCAGCAGCUACUCCCGGUUGGUCGAUAAAAAGCAACCUAUCAAAAGGCACGACCUUGGCUGCCUCGGCUAAUAUAACCCGGCCAAGUGCACUCAACACGCACGCUGCUCUUAUUGCGGCGAGCGAAGAGACUAGCACGACGGGCCCGACGGCAAAGACUGCACGGCACCCCUUCGCUAUGCAAACUACUACGGCUCGAGCUGGGCGCCGUCCGACGACUAAGAGCCCAGGCCUACGUCAUUGCCACUGCUUCUGUGACGGAGGAAAACGAACCGACCUCGGCUUCUUAACCAAAGACUCCUGCCAUCGGUGUCAACGCGGCUCCCCCUCGAAAAAGACGCGCCCUUGCGGUGCAAAAGCACGAGCGAGCGACUUCCUCUUAGGCCGUCUCCUUACAAUCCUUUUCUCAGUCCUUUACGCAAGCUACGAGACCUCUGCGCACACGCCGAUACGGCACCGCGGCACUCGCCGCAAUCGACAGCCUUUUAAAGAAAUCCAAGUCUGUUGGGCGAACGUCGAUGUGAACGGCUUCGUUACUUUAAACGUCUAUCGGCAACCUUUGAUAGACCCGAUUAUAGACUACAUCACCCACCUCGUCCUUCCUUUUAAGUGCCUGAUUGAAAAGGACUUUAAUGUGUGGCACGAUAUGUUCGAACCAAAGGUUAAGCUUAAGGGCCGAAGAGAAGACCUUGCGGCCUGGUCUAAUGCUAAAAUUCGCUUCGCUUAUAGCGCUAAGCGUAGACUAACUCUUCGACCCGUGGACGAUACAUUCUACCGAAGAACUCGAUCAGCUUGCGAUCAGCUUAGCUACUGCUUUCAACUUUGCCUUAGAAGUUGCGGGACAGCCCGCCCGGGAAAAGCUGACGGCUGCACUAUAGUGGACGGCAAACUGCUAGAUAGCGUACAAGAAACACUUAGCAGCGCGCUCCGUAGUGUACGACGGAGAACCGACCUAAGAAACGCGAGACUGGCUCGCUAUAUCAACGACGAGGCCAUCGAGGACAUUAAAGAGAAGGCGGACGCGCUGCGAAAAGGCAUCCUUAGACGGUUCAGCGCCGCCGACGACCUCGACUACGAUCUACUCGCUAGCUAG